AUGAGUUUCAAAGGUGUGACCAAGAGCAUCACCCGAGCGCCCCAGCAGUUCAAACAGCGCUUCAACAUUGGCGAAAAUACCAAAGAUGCCGUCUACAUUGAUGCGGAAAGGCGCUUUGCCGAGCUGGAGACCGAGACCAAGAAGCUACAUGAGGAGUCGAAGAAGUACUUUGACGCUAUCAACGGCAUGCUGAAUCACCAGAUCGAGUUCUCCAAGGCGAUCCAAGAAAUCUACAAGCCUAUAUCGGGCCGUGUGUCGGAUCCCAACUCCCUGAUACCCGAGGGGAAUCCAGAAGGUAUCCGCGCAUGCGAGGAAUACGAAUCAAUUGUGCGCGACCUGCAGGCCACGUUACAACCGGAGUUGGAGAUGAUCGAGCAACGUGUGAUCGCCCCAGCAGACCAAUUACUCGAAGUGAUUAAAGUGAUUCGAAAAGUGGCCGUCAAACGCCAACACAAACAAUUGGAUUAUGACCGUCAUCGAGCCACCUUGAAAAAGCUACAAGACAAGAAAGAAAAGACGUUGAAGGACGAAAAGGCGUUGUUCAAGGCGGAGAAUGAUGUGGAACAGGCCACACAAGACUACGAAUACUUCAACAACCUGCUCAAGGACGAACUGCCAAAGCUGUUUGCGCUCGAGGCGGAAUUCAUCCGGCCUCUGUUCCAGUCGUUCUACUACAUGCAACUAAAUCUGUUCUACACGCUGCACGAAAAGAUGCAAACCAUCAACAUCGGCUACUUCAACCUGAAUCUGGACAUCGAAGAGGCGUUUGAAAUGAAGCGAGGUGAUGUGCAAGAGCGCGCCGAGGUUCUGGCCAUCGUCCACUUCAAGAGCACAGGCGGCGUCAAGGUUCCUCGCGGGGUGUCCAAGUACGGGUUUGGCGCAAAGGCCAAAGAAACCGAAGCGAGCAAGUCGUCCUAUGCGAGCAAGAGAACGAGCCACGCGGAGGACGGACACGCGAACCCGCCGCCUCCUUACUCACCUGUAGGCUCGGCAAGCAGCAUGCCUGGUAGCCCAGCACUCGGUUCUGGGCUCGCAGGAAAGAGCAAACCACCACCACCCAAACCUAAGCCGAGUCGUCUGAGCGGUGUUCCCGGGGCCGAGACUGUGACUGCGCUGUACGACUACGAAGCGCAAGCCGAGGGAGACUUGAGUUUCCUGACUGGAGACGUGAUUGAAAUUGUGUCGAGAACCCAGAACGAGAACGAAUGGUGGAUAGGACGAUUGAACGGGAAACAGGGCCAGUUCCCUGGAAACUAUGUGCGCCUGAAUUAG